AGUAGAACAACUGGAUAUCUAUGUGUCAAGUAGGCUGUACCACCACAGCUGAAAAAUAUACUGUAACCUCCGUAUCACAGACUACCCAGGAAAGUUUCAGGUAUUUUCACACACAUGUAUACACUCCUGAAGGAAGAUGCCUGCGCUGGUGGUGUUUCAACAACGAUGGAGGAUUGGGAGUGAUGAUUUUGUUAUCCCAGGAAUCAUAGAAGUAUUGGUCCGUGCAGGAUGGCUUGGAUUGGUGCUUGCCCUCUUCAUCCACCAUGAAAGUGAUACCAGCCGAUGCUCCCAUGGGAGUGAUCUUUUACGACUCUUCUUGGUGGGUGCCAUGGUACUGCUGGGUGUCACGCUGAUUGUUACAAUUAUAUUGGUCAUAUUCAGCAGCCGGGGUACUAUAAUGAACACAGAACCAAGAAAACGUGUAGCAGACCUGUUGGUCAUCAGAGUCUUAUUGGGUGUUCCAGAGAUUGCAUGGAAUGCUAUGGGUUUGGUGUGGCUAUUGAAUAAUCAAGUAUCAUGUGAGGAGGGCACUGUACUGCCUAUUCUGAUGAAAGCCCUUAUGAUUUACACUUGGGUGGCCAUAGGCCUCAUCAUCAUUGGAAUAAUGCUGUUGUUUGACUCCAUGAAACGACCCAGCAGGCAAGGGGCCAAUGAUAAUAACUACCUCAUGGAAAGCAGUCCUUUAGGGGCUCAUUAUAUUAACCUGUGGGAGAAGCGGUGUCGUUUUUUGUGCUGCUUUACAGUUCGGGAUGAAAACAGUUCUGAAGCCUUCAAGAAUGUUGCAGAUGUAUUUGCAUCACUGUUUGAGGAUAUUGACCUGGUGGCUUCUGAUGUUGCUGCAGCGCUAGUCUUAUUAAGACUGAAGAGAAAGCAAGAGGAGAGGAAAGAGGAAAACAGAAGAAAAACUAAUCUUCAUUUGCCUCUUAGCCGUUCUUCUACUGCCAGCAUAGGUGCACUAGAGAGUGAAGGGGACUUACCACAGCAACAGUGCCCACGUCCGGAAUGGAUGAAAGUUGGAACUGCAUACCACUUCAUGAAGUUUGGGCUUGAAAUGGCCUCAUAUGGAUGGCCAUGGUUCAUGUAUGGUAGGUUUUGCAGAGCCACCUGUUAUCUCUGGAAAAAUCUGCAAUGCUGCUCUUGCUUAAGACAUUCGCCUCCAUAUGUGUUGCAAGACAAUUGUUGUAUGUGCCACACAGCUGCUCUUAAGACCAUUACUGGACUAACAGAAGAAAAUAUUACUUAUAUUACUUUUCAUAAUAAGAUUUAUGAGGUUCCAUUCUUUGUUGCAAUUGAUGAUGAUACUGGAAAUGUUGUUGUUGCAAUAAGGGGGACUCUAUCUCUUCAGGAUGCCAUAACAGACCUUACUGCUCAAUGCACUCAUGUUGAAUGUGAAGGGUUACCAGAUGGUUGUUUUGCACAUAAGGGUAUGGUACACGCUGCAAAAUUUGUACUUCAGAGAUUAGAAGAAACUCGAGCUGUGGCAGAUGCUCUGUUAGCUCGUAAUGGUUAUGGUCUUGUUAUCACGGGUCACAGUUUAGGUGCUGGCAGCGCUGUAGUCCUGGCUGCCAUGAUGAGACCACAGUAUCCUGGUCUGAAGUGUUUUGCCUCACCUCCUGGUGGGUUGUGUUCCAAAGAAUUUGCGUUAGCUACUAAGAGUUUUGUGAUGUCUGUGAUUGUUGGGGAUGACUUGGUUCCAAGGUUGUCUCUGAAUUCUUUGCAUGAUCUUCGUCAUAAGAUUAUGUGCGUUCUGGAUACAUGCAAGCAGCCCAAAUAUCGAGUCUUGGCUCAAGGUUGCUGGUAUAUGUUGUUUGGUAUAUCACUAUCAUCUUUAAAUACUUCCUGCACUGUGGAGAGUCCCUCCCAGGAUCGUCCUUUGCUCGAUAACUCUUCAGGGUCCUACACUUAUGAGUCUUUAGAUGACGUCCGGUUGUGUUUUCUAAUGAAGACCGACGGUCCCAAGUUCCCAGGCAUACUGAAGUGCCAAUGUUCCUGCAGGAGAGUUUAUAUUGCAUACCUAGUGUUUCAGAGGAAGAGGGCGAUGGCAGUGCUGGACACUGGGAGUAACCAAUGGGGCGAGAUGAAGCAGUUCUCACAGAUACUCAUUUCUCCGUUCAUGUUGCGUCAUCAUUUCCCUCAAGUGGUGCUGGCUGCCCUGGAGAUGUUGCUAAACAAGCAUCUGAAUCCACCUAAUGUCUGUUGUCCUUAA